AUCCAGGCGAAUGAUGGAGCAACCCGUGCCCAGCUGCGGAUCAUCCACCUGCUAGUGGAACUCCGCCACCAGAACCGUGAGAUGCAGCACGAGACUAUGCAGCUGAGGCUGGAUGUCCAGCAGCUGUCGGACCAAAUAGCAGCUCUAGAGGUGCCAACGGGGCAAGCUGCACCGAUCCCGACGGUUGCGAUUCUUUCACGGGAACUUCCGAGGCUGCCAGCCAGCACCCUGGAGGAGCUGGAAGCAGCGGAGGCAGCCAUUCACGACGAGGCUGUAGCCACAGUCUUGAAGGAGCAGCUUCUCAGAAUUGGAGGGAGAACACUGCUGGAAACGACAGCAAACAUCAUGAAAGGUUUAAUGGGCCACUCUGUCCAAGUGCUAUUUUCACUGUACGGGCUGAAAGGGAAGAGGCCAUUUAACAGCAUGCAGCUGUUCAGAGUUGCAAUUGGAAAUAUAUUUUGA